UGAUAAUAAUAUGAUUUAUGUCACAGCAACAGUCACAAAUUAAAAGUUAUCGUCUAUAGAGGCUAACAUAAAUUUCAAUUAACGAAUAAGAUUAUGUUUUGGAAACUCAUGUCAUCGGCCACUGCAGUUGUGCUGUUCGCUGCAGUUACUGCUCACUCUCUUAUUACACCAUCUACAGAGCUUUUUUCCAGCACCUCGUCAACAACCCAUCCUUCCAUUAACUUUCUCAACACAGGAAAAUAUUUUACCAUAGAAAAUGUUAAGAAUGGCAGUCCGACAUGGUGUGCAAAUGUUCACCGUUCAAUUGAUGAAUUCCCAAGGGAUUUCUUCACUGAAGAACAAAGACUUCACGGAGCCGUUAUCGUUCACUUAAUUUUGUCAUUUUAUGGAUUCCUAUUUAUAACGUUUGUUUGUCAAGAUUACUUUCUACCAUCAGUGUUAUAUAUAUGUCUAGAUUUGGGACUUUCGCCGGACGUUGCUGGGGCGACAUUUAUGGCGGCUGCGACUUGCACGUCCGAACUUCUCGUCUCCACGAUUGGAACUUUUGUGACCAAGUCUGAUCUCGGUGUGGGCACAGUGGUGGGAAGCGGCGUAUAUAACACUCUGGGUGUGUCAGCGUGUGCGGGUCUGGCGGUCUGCAGUCGGCCGAUCACGAUAGAAAAAUGGCCGCUAAUCCGCGACAGCGGCGUGUACGUAACAUCCAUAGCCGUGCUGGCUGCCAUCGCUGUCGACAACGUCAUCAUUUGGUACGAGGCGCUGAUUAUGGUCACCAUGUUCUUUGGAUAUUUUGUCUUCUUGUUCGCGCAGAACAAGCUCGUUGCGAAAGUCGAAAAGUGGAAACACAAUAAUCGAAUUAUAUCAUUUUUUAAGCAUAUCAAACGAUUGCUAUGUUGUAGAAAAUUUACUUCUAUGGAAUCUCAAAAUGUCACAUUAUACAGAAGUGAUACACCUGCAAUACGUCAAUACGGAACAGUCGAACAUCAGCUGCAGGUGCAAGAUGACGAGCGAAUGUCAUCAAAAAUUACAUUUACUUCGUCCACGACAAUGUUUGGUGAAUGCGAUCAAUCAAAUGCAAAUGAACAAACUUAUUUACCUCGGCUGAAAUCAUCUUGGAGUAAUUUGCUACCGAUCAUCUGGUGGACAAUCUGCUUGCCGGUUAACCUUAUGUUGUGGGCCACGAUACCGAAUUGUCGAACAAAACGAACACUAUACCCUAUCACAUUUGUCGUGUCUAUUAUAUGGAUCAGCGUGAUAACGUACAUUUUAUCAUGGUUUUUAACGAUAUGUGGUGAUACGUUUCACGUCAGUGACGUUGUCAUGGGCAUAGGGGUUUUAGCAGUCGGCAGCAGCAUCCCUGAAGCUGUUUCGGGCAUAAUAAAUGCACAAAAUGGCGAAGGAUCCAUGAGUAUCAGCAGUGCACUUGGCUCCAAUACAAUGGAUAUAUUACUUUGUCUGGGUCUGCCAUGGUUAGUGAAGUGCACGCUGCCACCAUCGAUGAAUGGCAGACCUGUUACAUUGCAAACCGACACUUUGUUCUUUAAUUGCAUGUGUAUGAUCAUCAGCGUGGUCAUUCUCAAUGUGGCAGCCGCAAUCAGUGGUUACAAAAUGCACAAACCAUUUGGAAUUAUGUGCCUUGUCGGCCAGAUAGUUGUCAUAGCGGCGUUGAUAAUCAACGGACUGAACGUCGCUAAAAACGAUGGACGCGUACGGUGUAGCUGACAUAUUUUAAGUUAUUUGUUUUAUUUUACUGCUGAAUGCUGAUAGUAAACAACAAUACCUAUAAAAUAUGAAUUGAACUAUUUAAUAAGUUUAAUACUAUUAGUUUGAUCCGAACCAUAUACAAUCUUAAUAGUCUUUCUUUCUCAGUCGUAGAGAUAAGGGUGAUCUGAGGUUUACACUGGAAUGACUCGAAAUAUGCCAAUUGCCACCUCUCUUCAGCGACAAUUUUUCAAUUUUUUUUUUUAAUACGCAAACUUUUGUGGGGGUCACAAUUCCUUUGAAAUCUCAAUUUUCAGUUUAAAAACUGAAUCAGUUUUAAACUAUUGAUAACACAAAUAUAUAUCUUGUGUGAUUCAAAUAAUGUCACUAUUUUAAAAUUUGUACAUACACUUUAUGAAUUAUGAUACACACAAUGUUCGUUCUUUAUAUUAACUUUUUUUUUUAAAUUUACUCAUACAAAAUAAUACAAAUUUUGUCAUCAUGAAAAUCAUCAGUUAUUGUUUGUAAUAUAAUAUUCGUCUAUGCUUAAAAAUUAUAUCAGUAUUGUUACUACAAAUAAUUUAAUGAAUUUUAUAAGUUAUAUUGUACUUAAUUCAUUAAUUAACCAUGACAAUAAAUAUUGAUGUUAUGUUAGACUUUAAACUCUGAAUCUUUGAACUUUAAAGUGCUGUCUGCCUCAAUAGAUUCAUCUUAACCAAAUAGCAUAACCACUUUCUACAUAGUAAGCCAUGGUUUCACUGGUUCAUUCACAAGACAUUGCGUUUCAACGAUGAAUAUUGCUGAAAAUAUUUUAAGUUAAGUUCAAGAAGGCCAAGAAACUAAAUACCCGACAGGAAUACUAACGUAAAAACUAAAAAGUUAUGAUUUUGGUGAUUCUCUAACAAGAUUUUAUACAUUGAUGCUGAAUAUUUCUGUGAUGACGCCAGAAGUCGAG